AUGUUCUUCAUUUUCGUGCCCGUCGGUCUCUACCUGACACUUCCGCUGAUCGGAGUCGAUUGGGAGGCGAUCGGCCAAAUCGUGACGUACAUCUACGCAAUGUACCCCGCUUUGGACCCUCUUCCCAUCAUUUUCAUCAUCGACAACUAUCGCUACGCUAUUCUCGGUUCGUUUCUCUCUUUCGGUCUCUAUCGACGGGCUCCAAUGUCGCUUUUUUUCCAGAUAUGCUCGGUGUGUGCAGCACAAAGAAUCGGGUGAACGCGGAGCCGGACGAAGCGACGAGUGUGUCCCGACACGUCUCCAACUGCAGCUAA